GGAGACAAACCAGGAUUACAGGGAGGUGGAUCUUGGUUCAUUUGGCAGGAUGACAAACCAGUCAACGGCGAAUCAGUCCAACAAAAAAAAGCAGAAGGAGAAGGAAGAGAUUCUGAGAGACGACAACACGGAGCUGGCGUAUAAAGAUGCGGGUCACUGCAGCCGCAACACCCACAACCUGCUGCUGGGACUCACGGUUCUCGGUGUUGUGAUGGGAUCAGUGUUUGGGAUGUUUCUGAGGUACAUGAUGGUGAAAGACUACGCCGCUCUCACCAUGAUUUCCUUUCCUGGAGAUAUCCUGAUGAGGAUGCUGAAGAUGCUCAUCCUGCCUCUCAUCAUCUCCAGCCUCAUCACAGGGCUCGCUGGUCUGGACGCCCGCUCCAGUGGCAGGAUGGGCAGRAGAGCCAUGGUCUACUACAUGUCCACCACCGUAAUUGCCGCCAUCCUGGGGGUCAUCCUGGUACUGGGGAUCCACCCAGGUAACCCCAAACUGAGGGGCAGCAGGACCUCCGCAGCUCCAAAGAACCAGGAGGUCAGCAGCCUGGACGCCUUCCURGACCUGAUCCGGAACCUCUUCCCCGAGAACCUGGUCCAGGCCUGCUUCCAACAGGUCCAAACRGUCCUGAAACAGGUGCCGGUCCCAGCGCUGAACCAGAGUGAGCCCUUGAUAGUGAACAGGAAAACACUGGAAUACAAAUGGGGCAUGAAUGUUCUCGGUACUCUCCGAUCGGCAUCGCCUCUCUGAUCGCGGGGAAGAUCGCCGCCAUCGGAGACCUGGAGGUGGUGGCCCGGCAGCUGGGCCUCUACAUGGUGACCGUGAUGGUGGGUCUGGUGAUCCACGGCGGCCUGAUCCUACCUGCCAUAUUCUUCGCCAUCACCAGAAAGAGCCCCUUUGUGUUCUACUCUGGGAUUUUCCAGGCCUGGAUCACAGCUCUGGGCACCGCCAGCAGUGCGGGCACGCUGCCCGUCACCUUCCGCUGCCUGGAGGAAAACCUGAAGAUCGAUAAGCGUGUGACUCGCUUCGUGCUGCCAAUCGGCGCCACCAUCAACAUGGACGGCACUGCCCUCUACGAGGCUGUGGCGGCCAUCUUUAUUGCCCAGAUGAAUGACAUCGCGCUAGAUGCUGGACAGAUCGUCACCGUGAGCAUGACCGCCACCCUGGCCAGUGUCGGAGCUGCCAGUAUUCCCAGUGCUGGACUGGUGACCAUGCUGCUGAUCCUGACCGCCGUCGGCCUGCCCACUCAGGACAUCAGUCUGCUGAUCGCUGUCGACUGGCUGCUUGACAGAAUGCGUACCUCCAUCAAUGUGGUGGGCGACUCGUUCGGCGCCGGGAUUGUGGAUCAUUUGUCCAGAGCGGAGCUGUCCGAUCUCGACGCGGCCGAAAUGCUCCCCGCAGAGGAGGCGCUUGAUUUCAUCCCUCCYCCUCCGAUCCUCACGGAAAUGGACCUGGUGGAUCCUCUCAAACCUCCCGAGCUGCCCCCCCGGUCCCCCCGCCCGCUCAAACUGAACCACCACAGCCAUGUUCUCUCCCAGUCCCAGUCCAUCACUCACUCCCCCUCCUGUUCCGUCCAAUCCCCAUCGCCACGCUCCGUCCGUUCCCCGUCUCCGCGCUCCGUCUGCUCCCAUUCCCCUCGACCUUUCCGUACCCAUUCUCCUCGCCUCCGCCACCGGACGGAGCCGGGCUACUGCCCCCUGCCCAGCCACGACAACCAGAUUUCCACAAUUCCACGCUCCCACAGAGAGCGGGACAGAGAGCGGGAACGACUGAGGAGAGAAAGUGAAACGGAGGAGGAGGAAGACAGGGAGAGGGUUCUGGGGGAAGUGAGCGACGGCGAGGAGAGRGAUGACACCGCUUAUGACCGGAGGUGCGCCAUCCCGCUUGGCGAUCUGCCAUGACGGCGCUUUACCGGGAUGAAUCACCGGGAUAAUGCUUUAGUCAUUUUGUUUCUUUCUUCUUCUUUUUUUAAAAUCGAUAACGCUACAGCAGAGAUACUCAGUAGAUCUCUAGCUGGUUGCACAGAAACUCACAAAACAAAUGUAAUGUGCAUCAAAAAUAUGGCAGUGAAACACUCAGUUAAAUCUGUGYAGAAUCUCUCUAAAAUUUAGGAAGAAGUUUUUCCUCAAUAUCAAACAAAACCUGGAAUGGUCACGAUUGCCUGACCUUCUUUACCUUCCUUAGAUGUGGCUGGUGGCAAAGAUUUACGCCUGCUGUAGACAACGUAGGUACAUUUCUGUUCUUACCAGCCUUCACAAGCACAACUGCAAAAAUCAUAAGUUAAAAUUACAUUUUUAYUUAUAUUCAUUCAUCUUUUAGGGUCUGGUUCUGUCCAAAGGUAACAAAAUAUUUUAGUGUGUGCUGAUAAAAUUCAAAAUCAGCUGAUACUAAUCGGUAAGUGCWGUUAAAGGUACACUGCAUAAGAAAUACUGACAUCUAGUGGUGWAGUUAAGAAUAUGUUCUUGUUUUUUAAUGAGUUUAAAAAGAUUCAUAAACUUUAUUUAAACAAAUCAAAAAGGUUGUCAUGUAAGCACAAGGAGAACCGGAUGACUACAGCCUUUAAAACGUGUCCACUUGUAGCUGAAUCCAGGCUUUUAUUUGAGUCACUGCUGAUUUUGGCUACAUUUCCAUUCCAUAGGWCCUUCUUAGCAGCACUUCGGUGUUCUACUGUAAAUCUUCAUGUCUUCCAUGGAGGUGAUAGACUGUGCUCUAUCAUGUAGAAGCAAUAUACUGUCACUGGAAUAUAACUGCUUUAAUCUGAGAUAGAAAAUACUAUAUAAAAUAUUUCAUUUAGAUAAUAAGAUAUUGAUUGAAACAGAGAUUUAAAUACCUUAUAUUUCCUAUAGAUCAUUUGCAAAAGCUUAUUAUUUUAGCCAUUAUUACCUCUCUGUUCUUACUUUCAUGAUGCUGAACUAAUGGUGUUUCAGUGAGCACAAAUAAAACGUCACAGAUGUAGACUUUUUUCUUACCAAUGGACAGAGCCAGGRGAAGUUUCAUCUACGCUAAGCUAAUUAGCAGCUUCAUGCUAAAAAGCUUUAGGUAUUAUGUUGUUGUUUAUAAUAUGUAACUCUUGGUUUAAUUGUAAUUACAAACAUUGCUUAGUGUUGGAAAUUCCCUUUAAUAAUGUUGCUAACAGAAGUUAUUUUUAUACACUUCUCUACCCGCCCUCUUGUUUCCCUCAUGCGAUGGUCAUGUUAAUAUUGUUUAUAUUCUGUAAGAUUUUAUUUUGUCGUUGUCUGGUGUGUGUGAAAUGAUGGAUACAAGUUUUAACUUUGUUGUGUGUUUAAAGUUGUUUCAUCUGAUUUAUCGAUUUUACUUGCUAAAAAAGAAAAUAGCUUAACUGAUUUCCUGUUUCCCAGUGAAUUGCCUUUUAUUUCAAACUGAAGCUGUCUCCCUACGUCCUCCUUCAGAUCCACAGGUCCAAGUGUCUGUAUAAUGCAAUAAAACAUUAGAGAUUUAUUUAAAACGAUA